UAACUAGCACUAACUGAAAGCCUUAUGUCUCUGUUCUCUCUGCAGAAGAAGGGUGUGAAGCGUAAAGCCGACACCACCACUCCCACCACACUCGGCUUCCCCGUGACCGCAGCUGCUCGGAUGGGAGGCAUGGGGAAAGGUCACGGAUCAGCCGGAGAGAUGCCCCACUCGCUCUCCUCAAUGCCCGUGGAUUGUUCACCCAGCAUGGGCGUGAACGAGCCCACCCACCUGCAGCCCCUCCUUGGGCGUCCGCUGUCCCGUCGUCCAAUCAAACCUCCCCGUAAGGACCUGCCCGACUCCGUGCGGCCCCAUCAGCCCUCGCGGCGGGGGAAACUAAGCAAGCAGCUUCGCUACUGCAGCGGCGUCCUUAAAGAACUGCUGUGCAAAAAACACGCGGCGUACGCCUGGCCCUUCUACAAACCCGUGGACGCGUCGACGCUGGGCCUGCAAGACUACCACGACAUCAUCAAACACCCCAUGGACCUCAGCACCAUCAAGAGGAAGAUGGAUGAGCGCGAGUACAGAGACGCCCAGCAGUUUAGCGCUGAUGUCAGACUCAUGUUCUCCAACUGCUACAAGUACAACCCACCUGAUCAUGACGUGGUCGCCAUGGCACGAAAACUGCAGGACGUGUUUGAGUUCCGCUUCGCAAAGAUGCCUGACGAGGUUUCAGAGGAGGAGGAAUUGUCUCCCAUGCCAUUAGGCCGGAACAUGGGCAUGCUGGGAAUGCACCACUCCUCCUCUUCAUCCUCCUCUUCCUCCUCCUCCUCCUCCUCUUCCUCCUCGUCGGAGAGCGAGCCGAGCAGCGACAGCAGCCCGAGCUCUGACAGCGAGGAGGAGAGGGCUCAACGCCUGGCCCAGCUGCAGGACCAGGUGUGUACUCAGCUCAAAGCGGUACAUGAGCAGCUGGCAGCCCUCUCCUCCGGCCCGAUUGUCAAACCUAAAAGGAAACGAGAGAAAAAGAAAGACAAGAAGAAGAAAAAGAAGCCAGAGAAACGCAGAGGAAGUCGAAGUUUGAUGAGUGAUGAGCGGGACAAGCCUGUCAAACUGCCUAAAAGCAAAUCCAGCCGUGCUUCACUGUCAUCCACACAGAGCAAGAAAGGCCCUGCGAAGAAAAGCAGCAAGAACAAGAACACAAAGAAAUCAUCCUCGUCUCGUUUCGCAGCUGCCGCUGCCAUCUCCUUACCGCACUACGACUCUGAGGAGGAAGAAGACGGUCUUCCCAUGAGUUACGACGACAAGCGGCAGCUCAGCCUGGACAUCAACAAGCUGCCCGGGGAGAAACUGGGCCGUGUGGUGCACAUCAUCCAGUCGCGGGAGCCCUCGCUGCGCGACACCAACCCUGAGGAGAUCGAAAUCGAUUUUGAAACACUGAAGCCGUCCACGCUGCGUGAGCUGGAGCGAUAUGUGAUGACCUGCCUGCGCAAGAAGCCUCGCAAUCCGUACGUGGUGAAGAAGGGAGGAGGUGGGAAAAGCCGAGAGGAACUGGGUCUGGAGAAGAAGAGGGAACUGGAGAGGAGGUUACAGGAUGUGAGCGGACAGCUGAACUCUGCCAAGAAACCCCAGAAACCCAAAGUGGAGAAGCCCAGCGGCGCGGAGCCUCACGCCAUGGCCUCGCGUCUCAGCGCCAGCAGCUCCAGCUCAGGCUCCUCCUCAUCGUCCUCCUCCUCCUCCUCAUCUGACACCAGUGACUCGGACUCCAGGUGAAGAGGACUCUGGGAAGGCACAGGAAGCGGGCUCUCUGGGGCGCAUUCAUAGCUGCGGCCUGCCGUACAGACACCUUGUUUUCCGUGCCUCCUCAAUCCAGGAACUAUGUUUACUUCAGUGUAAAAAAAAAAUGUAUAUAUUAGGAUUUUUUUUCUUUUAUAAAGAAGGCUUUUACCAAGAUGCCCAUAAUGGGAAAGAGUGCGUAAUCAUAACUACUUUUCUUAGUUGACGAAAUAGCUUGUUGUUUUGUUUUGCUUCCAUUUUGACAGUUUAAUUGAGUCUUGAAACAUUUCUUGCUUCUUUUUGCAUUGCUUUAAAGAUCAGGGCCAGUAUUUAGAUCUCUUUGAGCAACCAAAACUUGCAUGAAGGUUUAUAAAGGACCUUCAAUGGGGAAAUGAGAAAGAAAAUGAAGAACUGCUUUGCAUUUGCAUUGGCUUUAAAACAUUUAGGUUUUCACGCCGCGAUGCACUGGACUUUUUUUGGGAUUUGUUAUGUACGUAUGAUAUUAUUCUUUCCAUAUGGCUUCGCAAUUUGCUCUCUAGUUUCAUUUUGCUAUUGCUUUGAUCUGUAAGAAAUGGAUUUAAUUUGACGUUUUUUACAUGAUCGAAUCAAUGUCAAAGGACACUUUUUGUCAUAAAUCUGUCUGAUUAGGCAUCUGUGCAAUUGUGAUAAUAUUCAUUGAAAAUAACAGCCAUAACGCCUCACCGGACUGGAGGAGAUGGACUGGAUUGGUUCAUGAGCGCUAGAGAAACGCUGCUAGAUUGAGUGGUUUGAAUUAGUUAUUUAAGUUGAAUGUUAACUUGAGAGAUCUGGUUUGUAGACGAGACUAAAGGAAUCGCAUUUAAGCAAUAGACUGUCAUUUAUUUCUUGUAUAUAGAGUCCAUGAUACCAUGCUGCUUUCUCGUUUGUAUUUAUUUGCAUUGCUCUAACCUCUCUUUUCUAGAAUAUUCUUUUUGUGUAUAUAAGACACAUGGCAGAUCAUUGUGACCUAAUAUUCCCUAUCUGCAGUAUAAUUAAGAGUUUAUGCGCUCCGGAUUAUACGUUGGUUUUUAUUUGGAUGGAAAUACAAAUACAACAAGUGA